AUGGAAGCCGUUGUUGCAGAAAUCGCCGGUCAACUUGUAACUGGAACCUUUAUACUCGUCAGGACGGGCGCCGGAUGUCCGAAAGACACAUAUUGUAAUUUGACUCAACAACUUUGGACCUUCCAGGGUGAACCUUUUACCCCUAGGUCGGGGAUUUCGGAACCAAUACAACCAAUUCAAUUUUUAUGGAUAAGAGAUCAGGAUCGGAUAAGUUUUCGUACGUGGAGGAAUAUUAGUGAUGAAAAUGUUUUGCCAGGCUUCACGUUGAACAUUUCUAGGAUCGAUUUCGUUAUCUCUCAGGAAAAAUCGACAGUAACAGAAAGGUCAAGCGUAAAGAAAACUUUGACAAUCGGCAUAAAUUUAUACAACGCUACGAAGACCAUGCACUCCUGGGAUAGAUUAUAA